CUACUACUUGUGGUUGUCAGACACAAGGCAAUAUCAUCCUGGAAGAUGUUAUGCUCGGCUUGCCAAGAGUUCAUAGACUCUAUACUGACAAAGGCAGAGAUGCAGCCGUUAGCUCAUCACGAAACCUGCCGAAGUCUCGAGUGUGCCGUCAAAGCUGGUUGUUAUGCGUGUAAUCGGCUCUGGGCAAUUUUGCCUUCUGACGCAAGAGACUGGAUCCGUACUGAAGCUUCCACAUCUUCGAUUCUUCCUCACAGUGCAAUCCUUACAGCUGGCAGUACCGCGGAAACGGAUGACCAAAAAUGGAUUCUUGGUCCAAUGACAAUCACACACGCUUUACGGCCUUACCAGAUACGCGGACACGAGGGAGAAGAGUUAUUUCAAAUCGUUGUCAAUCCACGAGCCUUUCCAUUUUGGAUUUCUCCCAGAUUGCGGCCGGAUGACCACAUCGUACACUUAAGACCCAUUCCGUGCACUGGUACUUGGGAAACCUUAUAAAGCUAUUUCAUUGACAAAAGAACCGCCAUGUGUAUCUCAUCAGUCUUUACUGAAAUGAACAUCACAG